AUGGCUUCUGGUUCUGGAGGUGGAAGUAAAGGUAAAGAGUCUCGUACUGAUAAGCCAAAAAAUCGAUCUCAAUUUUCAGGUACAAGUAGUAACAAUAAUAAUACUACUUCCAAUAAUGCGUCGAUAACAAUAAGCAAAGCAGUAGCGCAAUAUACUAUUGAUGCAAGACUACAUGCUGCAUUUGAACAGUCAGGUGAAUUCGGAAAAUCUUUUGAUUAUUCAGAAUCAGUUAGAAAUACUGAUGAACAUGUAACUGAACAUCAAAUUACAUCUUACUUAACGAAAAUACAACGAGGAGGACAUAUACAGCCUUUUGGAAGUACGUUAGCAGUUGAUGAAUGUAAGUUUUGCGUUAUUGCUUAUAGUGAAAAUGCUUGUGAUAUGCUAGGUGCGACGCAGACUGUUCCAAGUCUUGAAAGCAGCAAAUUUCUUACAGUUGGAACGGAUGUGAGGACGCUGUUUAGUCCUUCUAGUGCAGGUUUGCUUGAAGGUGCUUUUGGUGCUAGGGAGAUAACUUUGUUGAAUCCGAUAUGGGUUCAGUCUAAGAAUUCAGGGAAGUCAUUUUACGCGAUUUUGCAUAGGAUUGAUGUUGGAAUUGUUAUUGAUUUAGAGCCAGCUAGGACUGAGGAUCCUGCAUUGUCUAUUGCUGGAGCGGUGCAAUCACAGAAGCUAGCUGUGAGAGCUAUAUCACAAUUGCAAUCACUUCCUGGUGGUGAUAUUGAACUUUUGUGUGAUACGGUUGUUAAGAGUGUGAGGGAGUUAACGGGGUAUGAUCGAGUUAUGGUGUAUAAGUUUCAUGAAGAUGAGCAUGGGGAGGUAGUCGCGGAGAGUAAAAGGUCGGAUUUAGAGCCUUAUCUUG